AUAAAUAUAUUUUUAAAAAAUAAUAAAAAAAGUAGAUUAUUAUUAUAAUAAUAAUCUCAAGAGUUACUUCCGUGACAUAACUAAAUACCGGGAGGUACUUUAAGAUUCUUACGGAUAAAACGCCGGGUAGUGUCGUGUCGGCAAGGUUUCACGUGGUGAACAUUCAAGUAAAUUCUAUGUAUUUAAUAAAUAUUCCUACCUCUAUUUUUUAUUUAUAAAAAUAAUAACAAUUAAUAAUUAAUAAUUAUUAAUUAAAUCUAGGAAAUUUGUGCAUAUGAUGGAUUCUCCAAAGUUACCGCGUGAAAACAGCUCCAGAACUCUCAUCGGAGCAUCUGGAAGAAAACUCUGAUUUUAAAUAGUGUAAUUACAAUAUUAUUAUUAUUAAUAAUUAAUAAUAAUUGUAAUUGGUGAUCGGGGAUUGCGCGUAAGUUUUAUUUCUACUGAUACUGAGUGGAGUUUUUAAUUAAAAAAUAUUUAAUAAAUUGUAUUGCUUGCAGAAAUAAUAAUUAUUUGAUUGAUGAUUAAAUAAUUAAUAAAAUAAGUGAUUAUUGAAAAAGUGGAGACCGGUUCCGAUCAUCAAGUGACAAGUGGGGAUUUAUUCGGCAAGUUAAUAUAAAAAAAGUGUCCACGAGGAUUUAAAUAUUGAUAAAUCCGUGCAGUGAAAAUAUAAAAGUAUAAGUUGUUUAAAUUUUUAAACAAAUAUCUUUUUAAAAUAAUUGCAACAAGUGUCGGGGUUUUGUUGAUUGUAAGUUUAACGAGACAGCCAUGGAUAUCCUACCGAGCGGGAAUAUUUUUCGAGAGUUACAGGACGUUCAUGAUACCGGUUUUUUUCCGUUGCCGCCGUCGCUCGAGGAUCACUGGCAACAGACUUGCUAUGAGAUGGAGAGGUACCUGAAAGAUGAACCUAAGCUACAAUCGUACAAAAAACUGCCCACAGAACUGGACACAGCGCCUUGGAACCUUUUCAGAGCGCCACCGAUCUCCUGGACGGCGACGACUUGUACCACAACCGCACAAUUUGAACCCCAAAUCAAAAUGGAGGUGACCGCAUCACCAGAUGACAGGGAUCCCCUGUGUUUGGAUGACAUCAAAUUCAGUCCUGGUGACCACAACCACAAUGGCCGAGACAGGGAUUUGCUUGAUCGUCAUCUCGAUUCCCUCUCUAUGUCAUCUGCUAGCUCAGCGUGCUCCGCGCUUUCAUGGGACGGCUCGCCGACCUUAUCAUGCCGGGCGCUUAUUUUGAAAAAGGAGCCCAGCGAGGACUUGGAGGAAGACGAGGAGCAUGAGGAAAUUGAAGAAGAAGAAGACAGCGGAUGCGAAGGAGAAGGCCAAAUUCUUACACCACCGUCGAGUCCAGAAUCGGGACAAGGUCAUUCAAAUUCCAGUAAUUCGUCGAGUGGCAGUUCCAUGUUAGAUGUACACAAUUUAAAUUUACAUGGGGCUGGCGGACGAAAUGCGAUCGUUAGGGUCACUGCAACAAAUGGGCAAGGCGUCGCCAGAUUAAUCUCCGUGACGGCAAAUGAUUUCCCAGUAGUUACAAAUACGCAACAUCAGCACACAGGUACAACAGCAGUUCCAACGACAGUAACAAGCAGGCAUCACGCCAGAAGUCACGAACACAGUCCCCAAGACACUAAACGUAGAAUACACAAAUGUACAUUUCCAGGAUGUAAAAAAGUUUAUACCAAGAGCUCGCAUCUGAAAGCACACCAGAGAACGCACACGGGUGAAAAGCCAUACAAGUGCAGUUGGGAGGGAUGCGAAUGGCGAUUUGCGCGCUCGGACGAGCUGACCCGCCAUUACCGCAAGCACACAGGAGCCAAGCCCUUCAAAUGCCGACACUGUGAUCGUUGUUUCUCGCGCAGUGACCACCUGGCUCUUCAUAUGAAGAGACACGUCUAAUCUCGCUUAUCAGCACUUACUGUCUAACCACUUCCAAGUGCGAUCAGUGAGCUCGAAUUUAUUUAAUGCAUGCCAGCUCCUGGUUAUGGCGAUCCUCUAAUGUCACCGUCGUCGCGCGUCUUCGUCAGCUAGCCGACUUAAAAUUAAC